AUGACCUCCUCUCGCAAGUCCAACUCAAACAACGCCCUCAAGCGCCUCACGCACGAGCUCUCAUCUCUACAGACCGAACCCUGCGAAGCAGUCCUUCACCUGGGUCCCGCGACCGACUCCGACCUCUUCCAGUGGGAAGCCGUCCUCAAGGGGCCCAAGGACCACACCUCGCCAUAUGCCAACGGGCUAUGGCUGCUGAGCAUCUCAAUCCCACCAAACUACCCUCUCGCCCCGCCCAAAGUCCAGUUCGUCACGCCGAUAUGCCAUCCAAACGUACACUUCCAGACCGGUGAGAUCUGUCUAACCCUUCUAUCCGGCGAACACUGGUCACCGACGUACACACUCGCGACUACAAUGGGCGCGAUCCAGCAACUGCUCACCUCCCCGGGUCUGGACAGUCCGCUGAAUGUGGACAUUGCGAAUCUGUAUCGUGAAAACGACGAGGUUGGCGCCGAGAGCCUCGUUCGUUUCUGGACGGGCGAGAAGAGGUGGGCUGGGGAAGGCAAGGCUGGCUGGAUUACGGAACGGAGUCCUGGGUCAGGAGGGUAUCUUGGGGCAAAGAUAGCAUCCUCUUGA